GAAUUGUUGAAAAUUUUGUACACAGAUCCUAACUAUGUGUUCUUAUGUGAUAUCGAUCUUCUUCCAGCUAACGCCAAUGAAAAACUCGCCAAUUCUUACGACGGUAAAAAUGGAGUUAGAUGUUUAAAAAUUCGACCUGAUGGCCAACACUUAGCUUCAGGUGAUAGAUCCGGUAACAUACGGGUAUACGACUUAAAGUAUUUAGAGCUUCUAUGUAAAAUUGAAGCCCAUGAUGCUGAAGUCCUUUGCUUGGAAUACUCAAAUUCAAAAACAGACCCAGGACAACUCUUGUCUUCCGCAAGUCGUGAUAGGUUAGUUCACAUCUUUGAUGCCCAAAAAAAUUAUUCUUUUGCACAAACAUUGGAUGACCACACAUCAUCAGUGACAGCUGCCAAAUUCGUCCGCUGCGGCAAGGAACUAUUUUUUGUCUCUUGCGGAGCUGAUAAAUCAGUGAUUAUUCGGAAAAUGUUAUGGAAUCCCAAUAUUAAAGUGAUACAAGAUCAAAUCAUAACAGAAAAUACAACUUUUUAUGACAUGGAAAAGGAUGCCUCCCAGCCACAUGUUCUCGCUGCGUGCCAAGACAGUAAAAUUCGAAUAUACGAUGUGCCAACGGGAAAACAAAUUCGUUCUAUGGCUGGAGCCCAGGGGGAUGGAACGUUAAUAAAAGUCAGUAACAUUUAGAUAUUAUACUUGUGUUAUCUUUAUACCUAUCUGUAGUUUUAACAUAGAAAUAAUUCACGUGUAGGCGAGACUACAUGUUGCCGGAUAUAAAUACAUGGACUACAUGUUACUUCUCAAAAUUGGUUCUUAUUUAUUUCUUAUUAUUGAGUCUCACAAUAUAUAUUUCUGAGGUUAAUUUUAAGUGCAGGGGAUUAUUUUUCAAAUAUAGGUAAUUGUCUAUUCCGUUAUGAUUAACAUAUUAAUAAAAUGUUUUUACGUAAUUCUGCAAUAAUUGUAUGGUAUAUCUUCUA